UGGGUUAAUUUAGGCAAUGUGUAUAUGUGUGAGAGCAACAGCAGGAAGGCAGCAUUAAAAUACUAGGACAGAUAGAGAAAGACUGACUAAGAUCCUUCAGCUACUUUAUGAGUUCACAGAUGCUCUCAGACAAACUUUGCUGUGUCUUUCAAUUCAACAGGGACUUCUGAAUGGGAUUUAAUACCUGCUUGGCCAUAGUACUCAUAUCUCAAAAGGAUGGAGACCCUGUUUGCAGAAGCUCUCUUUGACAACACAGCUGAAAGUGAAGAUGAGCUGGCUUUUCACAAGGGUGACAUCAUCACGGUGCUAGAAAACAAUGUGGCAGGGAGUGCUAGCUGGUGGAAGUGUUCUCUACAUGGAUGUCAGGGCCUGGCACCGGCAAACCGCCUACGUCCCCUUUUCCCAGCACAGGCUGAGAAACUCGGUACUAACUUAGGUGCUGAGAGGGACUCCUUGGGCACCCAAAGCCAUCAGAGCAUCUAUCAAACCCCAAGAGCUAUCAUGCCUUCACCGGUUUCAACUGCUCAUUCCAAAACUGGCUCAAACAUAUAUGAUGUUCCAAGCCAGCCAUCUCCACUGCAACCUUUGCCAAGAAAAACAUCACUGAGCUCAACCACAGAGGAUCAUAAGGGAUAUGAAAUGCUAGACAGGGCAAGAUGUCCAAAUGCAAUGAAAAUGAAUGUCCACACUAUACCACCAUUGAUGUCCCAAAACCCUACUUAUGACAUCCCAGUGCCCUCCAUCAGUGAGUAUAUUCAAAAGCCUCCAUGUGGUUAUAGCACCAUGUCAAAACCUUGUCAGUCUGAUUGGAUCUACAAUGUGCCCGUGUUCCCACAAAAACAAGGUGCCAAACCUUGUCACUUUGUCACCAAGCCAUCCAAACUUAUGAAUUCAAACAACCAGCUUUAUGACACUCUGCCGGCUCAUGUUUGGCCUGAAAAGAAACAAAGUCUUGCCCAGCCCUUAUACGAUAUCCCCAAACCAAGCACGACUGUGCAAUCUUGUACAGAUUCAUGCGCCUAUGAUGUCCCACCUUGCCUGAGACAAACAGAGAGCUCUGCACAUUCUGUAGUGUUCCCCAGACAGCAAACCCUUCCUGAAACUGACUCUAACAAGAGCAAUGAACCCCUUAAAUACAGGGGUAAACCCAGACCCAUUAAUGACCAACUUCAUCGUUGGCCCCCAAGGGGCAGGACAAUGUCCAGGCAGCCCACUGAAGGUGCAAUCAGAAGGGACGAUGACGAUAACAAAGACAGCCAGAGAAUCUCAACGGUGUCCACCUCCUCCACAGCCUCCAGCUCUUCCGGGAGCUCCUGUGACACUUUCAUGCUGAGUUCUCCAGAGCCAAAGCCCUUGCGUGAGGUCACUCUUUCUCAAGAGGAAGCUGGAAACAAGCUGCUUGAGCUUCAGGAGUCUGUGUGUCAAUCUGUGUCCAAGCUUUUGCUGUUUGUGAGCAGCAAAUGGAGGUGCAAAGAGCAUCUGGGUAAGCACCUCCAGCAAAUCCGCACAGCUACCGAAGACGUGACCGACUCUGUCACCUGCUUCUUAAAUUUCGCCCUGGAUGUUAGAGGUAAUGCGCAGAAGUUGACAGACUUGAACCUGCAGACCAGGCUACUUAAGCAGCUCUCCAUGGUUGAGGACUCGGGCUUGAUCCUGCAGCUGGCGACAGAUGCUCUGCAAGAUCUGGGCUGGCUGCUGGAGACUCUGGCUCUGGAUGCAAGCCAGUCACAGACACCUGAUCACUUGGAGCGGUUUGUUAUGGUGGCUCGUACUGUACCAGAGGAUGUGAAGAGGCUGGUUUCCAUCCUGAAUGCAAAUGGCAAGCUUAUUUUCAGAGCGACUGCUAAGGAAACAGACACGGUGGAGCAUGUAGGCCCGUCUGACAGAAGUCUCUGCAAAAGUGAUCUGAUGGUAGACUCAGGAAUAGAUGAGAGUGACUAUGUUCAGCUUCAGACAAAGAAAGAGUCUGACCAACAGCUGAAAACAGCAAAGGGCAACUUUAAAUCAAAGAGAAAUGGUGAUACCUUGAAAAAACAGGUCUCCAUAUCACAGUCUGUUAGCCCCAGUCCACUCCACACCUCCAGGAAGCCUUCAAACUCUGACCACUGCUGUCUAUAUUUCAGAGCCAUUCAAAAGGCCAUCAGCGUGUUUCUAAAUAGCCUGACCGACGGCCAGCCCCCUGAGAAGUUCAUGUCCCACAGCAAGCUGGUCAUUAUGGUGGGCCAAAGACUUGUAAACACUCUGUGUGGUGAAGCUAAAAGUAGAGAGGCCAGCCAGGAAAUGUUGUCCAUAAGCAACCAGCUGUGUGCCCAUCUCAAGCAACUGGGCAUGGUCACUAAGAAAGCAGCUUUGAACUUCCCUGACAAACUAGCUCUCCAAGAGGCACAGGACAGUGCCAAAGAGCUGGCCCAGAGAGUACAGGACUUCAGAAUGUCACUGGACGUAUGAGUGGAAGUUCUGUCACCUGUUUGUCUAGUUUAUGUUUGCAUCGUAUGGAGGUGGGCUGGUGUGGUACUCUGUAUGUGUGGAACAUCUGCAAACAAUAUGUGUGAUUUUUGUGCAAGUCUGCAGAAUUGCUUUGUUUGUAUUAUAGCGUUUUAGUCUGUAUGAGGAGGCAGUGUUAAAUAAUGACACUGAAAAUGACGUAACAGUAAGCAUUCUAGUUGUUGCUGUGUAGAAUUUUAAAACAGUAAUAAAGUAACAAUCUUAAAGGAUUGCAUUACAUUAACUUUGCAUCUAUGCAUUUGUAAGUGUAUGACAUACUCGCCCGGGCAAACCUCUGACAUUAAAUGGCUCAAGCAAAUAUUGCAGAAAAAAUAAUUAUGCCCAACGCUGUAUAUUUGUGAUAAA